UUUGUACUGUAGAAACGAGAGCUUGUCUUAUCACUCCAGUUCAAAAGUCUUUUUUUUAAAAACAUGAUUUAACAUAUUGAAGAAUAUUAACGGUACAAGAUCCCUGCCAGUCCGUAAGUGCAGUUGUUGUUGAUAAGGUAAAUAAAUACAUAUGGAUUCAUUUAGAAGACGCAAAUUGUUGCUUUACUAAUCUGGAUUUUCAGAUCCACAAAGUUUCCAUUAGAUGGGCUGAUGCGUCCAAUAACCUUUCCGCGUCCCAGCUCUUUCCCCCGCGGUGAUCCCGUUUUGACACCGAGACAAAAACAAAAAGGCAGUAUGAAUGGUGAAGGAGCGAGCAGGCAUGGAGAAAGCAAGAGGAGGCGGUUAGUCUUUGUAGUCAGUGAGGAAUGCGGAAACGCUCCUGCUCUGUGUCAAACUGCUCUGAAGGGGGUCAAGGCAUAUUCAGCCAGCGUGGGAAAGCGAGGAGGAGACCGAGCACACACACACGCUGCAUAUUCCUGCAUAGAUGGCAAAAACAUAAAGGGGGAAGGACGGCCAAAGCAGAUCGAUGAAAAUCAGUCACUUUUUUAUCCACUCCGCUUUCUUGAGGGACUGAUCAGACGAUCUUUCGCUUGAUUUGUUGUUGCAGUGGUGUGGUACUGCUGUGAGAUGAGGCUUAGCGCGUGCACCAUCCGACUACCUGUGUGGCCCGUUGCGAGGACACUGCACGAGCUGUGAUGCGUGUGGAGACGCUGGGAAAGUUACUGAAGUUUCUGAAUGACGCGAGACUCUCCGGGCGGAAUAUAACAAACGGGGCAGUGCACGUGCCAGCGCCGCUCUCCCAAUAAUGCUUUUGUGAAAUAUCCGCGCGCUCGUCACAUUUCGGGAUUCCCCGCAGUACGCAGUACCCGUGAGAAAAAAUGGACAAAGAGAGCUUGACCCAACAAUAUGAGCCGGUGGCUGAGAUCGGUGAAGGUGCAUACGGAAAGGUGUACAAAGCACGGGAUUUGAAGAACGGGGGCCGCUUUGUAGCCCUAAAAAGAGUUCGGGUGCAGACCGAGGAAGAGGGAAUGCCGCUGUCAACCAUCCGCGAGGUGGCGGUGCUGAGGCAGCUGGAGUCCUUUGAGCAUCCCAAUGUGGUCAGGUUGUUUGACGUAUGCACAGUUUCCAGGACUGACCGGGAAACCAAACUAACUUUGGUCUUUGAGCACGUGGACCAAGAUUUAACCACAUAUUUGGAGAAAGCACCUGAUCCAGGAGUGCCACCUGAAACCAUAAAGGAUAUGAUGUACCAGCUGCUGCAGGGUCUGGAUUUCCUCCACUCUCACCGUGUAGUUCAUAGAGAUCUUAAGCCUCAAAACAUUCUAGUCACCAGUGGAGGACAGAUCAAGCUGGCUGAUUUUGGUCUGGCUCGGAUCUACAGCUUUCAGAUGGCUCUUACUUCCGUGGUGGUGACAUUAUGGUAUCGUGCUCCUGAGGUGCUGCUUCAGUCCAGCUAUGCUACUCCUGUGGAUCUGUGGAGUGUCGGCUGCAUCUUUGCUGAGAUGUUCAGACGGCGCCCUCUUUUCCGUGGGAACUCUGAUGUUGACCAGUUAGGCAAGAUUUUUGAUGUGGUGGGGGUCCCUUCUCCAGAGGACUGGCCACAGGAGGUGGGCUUGCCACAGAGUGCCUUUUCCCCUCGCCCUCCCCAGCCCCUAGAGGACCUGGUGCCUGACAUGGAUGAGCUGGCUAAAUCACUUUUACUUCGUUUUCUGUCAUUUAACCCCUCCAGAAGGAUAUCAGCUUAUGAUGCACUGUCUCACCCAUACUUCCAGAGUCUCGACAGCACCAGCAAGAGUCUGUACGCCCAAUCCUUUCCCAGCAAAAAGCCCUCCCUGGAGGAGAGAGCUGCUUAAAAGACAUGGUUUCCCACUGGAGACAAAGACCCCCAUCCAGUCCCCCAUGACCUAGUCUUCCAGAGCAUAACGUCACAUGCUGCUUUUAAAAGUAUCAUCACAACUAUUGGUCAAUCGUGUUUUGUCUUUGCCCUCACUACUGCCAGCUAAUACAGAUCAACAACAUGCUGCCUGGAAUAACAUGUUUGACGAUAUCAGAAGCUGCUCUCGUCUCCCACCCACCUUCCUGAAAGGAAGUUUGUCUGCUCAGAGGAAAAUGUGUUUCUCGAAUCUGAAGCCGUAUCAUGACACUGCCAGGGAUUGUCCGUUUGUUUGCAUAAAUGCAAUGUACAGGUCUAAACUGAGUCUUAGCUGCACAUCACUGCCAUGAAACAGCAAGGUCCUACAUGGGACCGUGUCCGUCUCACUUGGAUUAAGCAAAUGUCGAACUACAACUACUGUGCUCUAUUUAAUAUGGCAUUUCAUCACAAGCAUCCUGGUAUCUUUUGAAUCGUCCAAAUGCUUUGAAGUGCUAUUUAACAUCAUAUUUUCUUGAUUAUAAUGUAAUUCUACUUUGUUUUUAUCUUCAAUACAAGUUCCACAUCCUGUUCACUUAUUUUACGUCGGUGUUAAAUGUUGACAUUUUAAUUUUUUAUUUUUUUGGCCUGUUAUGUCUUAAUUUUAGUGAACUUGAAGGUGUAGGUUGUUGUAGAAAACCCGUUGAUAUGUAUACCAAACAGUCUGCACCCUGUUGUCAGGGAUUUAGUGUCGAGACGUAGUCGAAGGAUGACCCUCGCAGGGUUGCAUGUUGACUUUAGGGUUGGUUUAGAGCAGAAACACACCAAGAUGGAUAACAGAAAUACAUGUAUGAAAGUGUUAGCGCAUAGUGUUGAAAGUCUAGUAAAAGUAGCUAUAGAGUUGGCGAGCGUAAAGUUCAAGGUCAGGUUGCGAGAUUCGUUCGAGGCUCGGAGAGUAAUGUAUUAUCCCAUAAUUCAGUGAUUAAGUCCAGGUCCUUUCUCAUUUCUAAUUUCACUUCAUUAUCUGGAUAGAUCAUCACAAAUGGGUACCAAGUCGUAAUAUCCACUAGAUGGUUUGCUUUCAAUGCCUUCAUGUUUAGCGUGUGAUGAACAAGUGGAGGGAAGGAAGGACGCUGCUUCAGAAUUUAGCAUUUAGCCUGCUGAAUCCAGGUGAAGCUGUUUGAUGAGGGAUGAGGAGCUAUAGACAAGCACUGUAGUACUACAAAACAUCCACACAGUUAAAGGGGUACUCCACCCCAAAAUGUAAAUUUUGUCAUUAAUCACUUACCCCCAUGUCGUUCCAAACCCGUAAAAGC